AUGAAUCACAAUGAAGGGAGGUGCAAUUUUGUAGCACACGGGGGGGAGAUGGAAACUUCACAUGGUCAAUGGGGGGUGGAUGACAGAAGGGGUAAGGUCGGCCAAGGGAAUCCCCCCUCCACGAAUGACCACCGGAAUGGCCUGCAGCGCUCCUACGAGGGGGGCGAACUGUUUAAUCUCAAGCGAGGUGUACAAAGAGACAACCCUAGGAAGGGCACAGAGGAAGGAUGUGCAAUAUUUCCCGAGGAAGAACACGCCGAUGGGGAGAGGAACCAAACAAAUGGGUGGACGGCAGGAAACAAAAGUGGGUGGACAAAAAGGAGAGGCAACGUUGAGGAAGAGAACACGCUUCCCAGCGGAGAGCACACACCAGAUGAGGGGAAAAAGGAAAAGUAUGUCACUUACUGUGACAACGGGUAUUUACGAGGAUUACUGAAGAACGCUUUGUUCAAGCCUAGUUUGAAGGCCUUCCUGGGGACGAGGGUCAUUUCGUUUCUUAAUGAAAAGGAAAGACACAACUGUUCCAUGGCCUGCAAGCUCCUCUUCUUCGAAACGUACUCCAUGGGGAACUUAAAAAAUAUUUACAAGAGCAAAUUUAUUCGAAGUGAAAAGAGAAGCAUGAUAUGGAAAAUGAUCCUGUUGGGGGAAAACACCUACCUGAGUGAGGAUCUGUUUGGUGAACUGACAAGGAGGAGUAGUACGUACGAGAGGAUCAUAGAGAAAGACGUACCAAGGACCUUUCCUCAUAGGUUCUUUUCUCCCGACGGGACCACAGAACCAGUAACCUCUAGGAACCCUUCAUCAGAUGAUGGUCCGCCCCCCCAGGAAGAACUGUUUGAUGUACUGAAGAUAUGUUCACUCUAUUUUCAAAAUGUGGGCUACUGCCAAGGAAUGAAUUACGUCGCUGCAAUCCUCUUCCUUGUGCUUAAAGACAAGAUGUACACAACCAGGUGUUUCAUAGCUCUGCUAAAAAAAUUCAACCUAAAAGGAAUGUAUAUAUAUACCUUUCCCCAACUGAAGAAAAUUAUGUACCAGCUUAAAAUACUCAUAAGAAGUUACUGCCCUAAGCUAUUUUUAUACUUUCUAAGGAAAAAAAUAAAAAUUGAUUUCUUUUGUAUAAAUUGGUUCAUGACUCUCUUCUCCCAGGACUUAACUUUUGAACACACAGUAAAAUUGUGGGACGUUUUUUUUCUCUUUGGGUUCAAAAUAUUAAUAAAAGUUAGUUUAAUUUUUUUAUCUCACUUUGAAAAAAAGAUUUUGUCUUUAGCAUAUGAAGAGGCCUUAACCUUCCUCAAGUCCAUCACCAGAUUCCCCUUCACCGAUUACCUCUUCGAAGAAAAAAAUUUCUUUUCUUACUUACAAAGGUUUAAAAUUACCAACCGCACACUAAGACAAAUUAUUUUUCUCCGCAAAAAUGGCAUCAGGUUUGACCUUCAUGUGACAAAGGACAAUCACCGUGGGAUUCAAACUAAGCGGUGCUCCGUCGUUAUUUGUGAGAAUGGAGACGAAGUGACGCAGGGGGGUGGCGGUACAUCUGCCAUGCAUAAUGGGGAUAACUUCAUGCACAGGUUCAUGGAUAUUUUCCGGGGGGUAGUGGACAGAAGGAUUGGUGAUGAUGCUGUUGGUAAAGCAAUAAGCGAGAGGAGAAGACGUCCCCUUCCUUCGCGCGCCGCUAAACAAGAGAAUUGUACCAACUUGUUCCUGGACCCUAACUGCUCCAACGACGUCGUCCCGGAGAAUCAAUGCCUCUCGCUGAACUUCAACAGUGGCCUUUUCUGUGGCGUCAAGGAGCAGCGUAGGUACCUGCGGGGGGACAGUACCACCGCCGAUGGAAGCACCCGGGAAGAAGAGGCCACCGUGCAGGAUGAAGGCAGUGCGCGCCCCAGUGGGAAUGCCUUGGUCGACACGAACACCUACUGCGACUUGAAUCUGACGAAGUCCUUUCGGUGA